ACGUAGCGUUUCAACGGGUUUGCUACCACAGUUGGUUCCUGGAGGGACCCGCGGAGUCUGUCCGCAGUUUUGCUGUCACCCCCGCUACCCCUGAGGCCGAGGAGGCGCUUUCCCCCUCUACGGCUCUCCUUCUCCGGCGCUGGAUGCUCCUUGCCUCGCAGUCCAUUUCUCUGCCUAGUUCUCUCUCUCUCUUCGAUCCAUCUCCAGAGCCCGGGCUUAGCGGGGACUCGCCCUCUGGGAGAGACAGGGCCGCGACCCGGUCCCUGCCCUGCGGAGACCCUCCUCAUUCUGUCCCGUACAGCGGCUUCCCCAGCUCUCUCCUUUCCCCGUCUAAACACCACCGCGCUCACGCUCCUUCCACUCUUCCCCCCCCCCCCCCCUCCUGCAGGGAUGGAAGCUUCCUGGCGCCAGGUGGCCGGUGGCCGAGGCCGAGCCCGAGGACGGGCCACUGCGGCCCCCUCCUCGGGAAAUGGAGUCCAUCUCCGCGGCGCCGGAGGAGGGCGAGAGAAGGGGUCGGUGGGCGCUGCUGGUCCUGGCCCCAGCCCGGGAGGAGCCGCGACCGCUUCGGCUGCAGGUAGCUCAGCCCGACGCAGCCCCUGGGGAUCUGAAGCGCCGCAGACUUCCGUAGCCAGUGCAGAGGUAAUGUCUCAAAAGAAAUUUGAAGAAAUCAAAAAGGCCAAUCAAGCUGCAGCCAAAAAACUUGUUGAAGAACACUUUAGCUCUUCAUCUGAAGAAGAAGGAGAUGACGAUUUUGAAGGAAAAAGAGGAAAAAUAGUUGCUAAUACAUUUGUAAAGUAUGCUACUCAGACAGAUGGAGAUGUACGUGAAUUAGAGCGCACAAAGCAGUAUGUAAAUGAAGCUUUUCAAGCAGGGGCUAUGACAUGCCUAAUUUGUAUUGCUUCAGUGAAGAGAAACCAAGCAGUUUGGAGUUGUUCAGGUUGUUUCUGUAUAUUUCACAUGCCCUGUAUCCAGAAGUGGGCUAAAGACAGCCAGUUUCUGGUAUCUUCUCCUUUGACGGAUGAUGAUUUUGGAAAGAGAGAUUAUCCCUGGCCUUGUCCAAAAUGUAGGUUUGAAUACAGACGAUCUGACACACCUAGUAGGUACUAUUGCUAUUGUGGAAAAGUGGAAGAUCCACCUUUAGAUCCAUGGCUUGUACCUCAUUCAUGCGGCCAAGUAUGCGAGAGAGAUUUUAAACCUCCUUGUGGCCAUAAGUGUUUACUCCUCUGCCAUCCAGGUCCCUGCCCCCCUUGUCCAAAAAUGGUCACAACCACUUGUUACUGUAAGAAAGCAAAACCUAUCCCUCGCCGGUGUAGUGCUAAAGAAUGGUCCUGUCAGCUGCCAUGUGGGCGGAAAUUGCUUUGUGGACAGCAUAAAUGUGAAAAUCCUUGUCAUGCAGGAAGUUGUCCGCCGUGUCCAAGAGUUAGCAGACAAAAGUGUGUCUGCGGCAAACAAGUAGCUGAAAGAAGUUGUGCAAGUCCACUGUGGCACUGUGAUCAAGUAUGUGGGAAAACACUAUCAUGUCGUAAUCAUACAUGUGAACAAGUCUGCCAUGUAGGUGCUUGUGGAGAUUGUCCCCGAUCUGGGAAAAGGUUCUGUCCAUGUCAGAAGUCAAAGUUUUCUUUGCCUUGUACAGAAGAUGUACCAACUUGUGGAGAUAGUUGUGACAAAGUUCUUGAAUGUGGACUCCAUAGAUGUUCACAGCGUUGUCACCGAGGACCUUGUGAAACAUGUAGACAAGAAGUGGAAAAGCAUUGUCGCUGUGGAAAACAUACAAAACGAAUGCCAUGUCAUAAACCUUAUCUUUGUGAGACAAAGUGUGUUAAGAUGCGAGACUGUCAGAAGCAUCAGUGUAGGAGAAAGUGUUGCCCUGGAAACUGUCCACCUUGUGAUCAAAACUGUGGACGGACUUUAGGAUGUAGAAACCAUAAGUGUCCAUCUGUCUGCCAUAGAGGUAGUUGUUAUCCCUGUCCAGAAACCGUAGAUGUGAAGUGCAGUUGUGGUAACACAAAGGUGACAGUACCCUGUGGCCGAGAACGUACCACAAGACCCCCCAAGUGCAAAGAGCAGUGCAGCCGACCACCAACUUGCCAUCAUGCAAGUCAAGAGAAACAUCGUUGUCACUUUGGCUCUUGUCCUCCAUGUCAUCAACCUUGCCAAAAGGUUUUGGAGAAGUGUGGUCACUUGUGUCCUGCUCCAUGUCAUGAUCAAGCAUUAGUAAAGCAAACUGGCAAGCACCAGCCUACAGGCCCUUGGGAACAGCCUUCUGAACCAGCAUUUAUUCAGACUGCAUUGCCUUGUCCUCCAUGUCAAGUUCCUAUUCCUACGGAAUGUCUUGGGAAGCAUGAGGUGAGCCCACUCCCAUGCCAUGCUGUAGGACCCUACUCUUGUACGAGAGUGUGUGGCCGAACCUUAGAUUGUCAAAAUCAUACAUGUAUGAAAGAGUGCCACCAAGUAACUGAAAUUGGUUCCUGCACUGACAAAAACAAGGCUGGACCAGAAUGCCUUCAGUGUGAAGAAGGCUGCUCUAAAUCACGGCCGCCGGGUUGUCCUCACCCAUGUGUUCUGCCAUGUCACCCUGGAGAAUGUCCUCCUUGUGUUCAGAUGCUUAGAAUAAAAUGUCACUGUAAGAUCACAAGUCUUUAUGUGGAAUGUAGAAAAAUGACCACAGCUGAUAUAAAUGAAAAGAACCUCCUUAGUUGUUGCAAAAAUCAGUGUCCUAAAGAGCUUCCUUGUGGUCAUAGAUGCAAAGAAAUGUGCCAUCCUGGUGAAUGUCCCUUUAAUUGCAACCAAAAGGUGAAACUUAGAUGUCCUUGUAAAAGAAUAAAAAAGGAAUUGCAGUGCAACAAAGUACGUGAAAAUCAGAUUUCCAUAGAAUGUGACACAACAUGCAAGGAAAUGAAGCGAAAAGCAUCAGAGAUAAAAGAAGCAGAAGCCAAAGCUGCUCUUGAAGAGGAGAAACGAAGACAACAGGCUGAACUGGAGGCUUUUGAAAACAGACUGAAGGGUCGUCGGAAGAAGAACAAGAAGAGAGAUGAAGUGGCAGUUGAGCUAACGCUAUGGCAAAAACAUAAAUAUUACCUCCUUCCAGCAUGUGCAGUUGUAGUUGUAGUGUUUGCAUGGUACAUAGCCCAUGGUGUGGAUUAAAAAAUGUUUGAUUUGUUAAUAUACCUCAGAUUAGAUUUAGAUAAAUUAUUGCAUUUGGAAUAUUAGAAAGGAAAUGUUGUAGAACAUGAUAUACGGUAACAUUCAUCUCUAUAUUCUCUUCCAGCUGUUGUUAGAAGGAAAGAAUGUGAAGCUUUAUCGUCGUCGGCAUACUAGAGGUGGCACUAUAAUGUUACUUAAUAGUAAAAGCAUGAACGAUUGUAAAAUGUUUCAUAAGGCAUAGCCAGUGGCAGGGUAACAUAUUAGUUGUUCAUUGUGCUUCCUUGUAUUGACGUAACUGUUUCAUAUACUAUUUCACACCAACAUCUUUUUUUUUUGGCAAAAUUCAGAUGAAACUAAGCCAUAUGUGUAGUAAUUACUGAGGAAUAUGUCACAAUAUUUUGGUUACUUAUUAACAGGUACUUUUCUUGAUCAUGUAACUUUGUAUAUAAAAAAAUAUAUAUUCUCUAAAAAGACCUCUUAAAUUAUAACAUGAAUCUAUAUAAGUAGACUCCAGAAAUUGUUUUAUUAGUGAAGAAUUUUUCUCAGUUAUUGAAAUAAAAUUUUAUGUAGUAUGUUCCUCAGAGGACAAUAUAAUUGUUUUCAAAAAAUACAGGCUAAGAUUCCUCACAUGUGGCUAUUUCUUGUGUAAGAAGCUUCUAACUGAAGUUGGCAUGUUUUGUAAAACUUGUAUGUGUUUUUUCAAAGUAAUAAUAAAAGAAAAACUAAUGUUUAUGAGCAAUACAUGCUGAGCACAGGGCCAACAAGCUAUAUGUACUUUAUUCUCAUUUUUCUUCCCACAGUCCUAUAAGUAGGUUUUUUCAGAUGGAAAUAAUCAGUUCUUAUGAAAACAAACUGAUAGAGUAACAUCAGUAAGCCAGAUCUGUUUGAAUCGUAAGUCACUUUAAGUGGUUUUUUAAAUUUAAUUUUUGUAUAAUUAAUGUUUUCAUUAAAAUUUGUCAUACCAAAAUUUUAAUGUAGAAUAUUUACUGUUUAAAUAUUCAAGGAGGAAUUCCCGCAGUGGUGCAGUGGGGUUAGGAAUCCGACUAACCACAGCUUGGGUCACCAGAGAGGCACAGGUUCACUCGCUGGCCCAGCGCGGUGGGUUAAAGGAUCUGGCAUUGCCACAGCUGUGGCAUGGAUUCAGAAUAUAUAAUAUAUAUGCUGUAGGGGCAGCCAUUAAAAAAAAAAAAUUCAGGAGCCUAUAGUUUUAUCAAUGUGUAAAACUAACACUUGCUGCAAAACAUAAUAAUUGGUAGGUACUAAAAAGUGGUUAAGUAGGUUUUAAACAGAAGUACAAAGAAGGAUUUCAAAUGUUUGCUAACUUUCACUCUGUUUAAUGUUACGUUCCUUAAGUAUUAGCUAGUGUCUGAAGUGGAAGGGCAGUCAUUUCUUUCUUCAUGCGUUUUUAAUUUUAGAUUUCGUUUUUACCUUUCCCAGUGUUAGACUCCUUGGGAUGGAGUUUCAGGAGCUCUAAACGAGAGCUGUUACACUCCAUUCGCUCCCUUAUUCUACUCUAGUAUGAACAUUAAAGAACACGAACAGUUCGGUGUCCACGUGGGAAGCUCUUCUGUAUUUCAGAAUCUUGGUGUAAUGAACAAACCUGAAGCCUAGUUUUUGUCCAUUUGUUGGGCUUGUGUUCUUGCCCUGUUUUCUUUCUAAUUCCUAUGAAAGAAUGUAGUGAGCAGAGGAAGGAGACUGAGCGAAUGACAGAUUAAGCAGUUUGCCAUUUUUUAUUUGCUUGGCUAGUAGCUCAGAGCUUAAUUAAGGCAAAGUCACACAACUGUUUAUGCAUUUAUUUAAUCACCUGGUGCCUUUACUACCUGACAGGUACCUUCUAGGUGCUGGUGAUAAUGGGGAUCCUUUCAGGGAGCUGCUAAGGCAUGGAAGAGAGCCGCCAGGAAAUAGAUACACAAUAAAGUGAAUACGAUUUCAUGUGUAAGGGGUGCUAAACAAUGAGAGCAAUGGUACAGAAAGUGGUGAAAGAGAGGGUGAAAAGGUAAUAAGUCCUUUCAAUUGGGAAAGUUCCCCUGAGAUGGGGAUGUUUGAGCCGUGACCUGAAUCUCCUUCAUUUGAAGAUCUGAGGAGAAAGUGUAUGAGGGAGAGAAGGCAGCAAGAAUACAAAGUCAGUAAGCUGAGAGAUGCUUGGCUGGGCUGAGGAACAGACAGAAGGGCUGGUGUGGCUGGAGCUUGAUGAGCAGCAGGAAGCGAGAGGGUCCAGGGCCAGGUCAUUAGGGUGUUUGAUAGACCAUGGUACAGAAUUGGGAAUUAUUUUUAGUUGUAGUGGGCAGCAUUGGAUAUUUUAAUAGUUGGGUUUUUUUGUUGUUGUUUGUUUGUUUUUGGUUUUUAGGGCCG